UAUCACCAGGUUUACCCGCUUUUGGCUGCAAUGACAUUUGUGACAAGCAUGUGCAUGUUUCAGCUUACCAGGAACGCAUUCAUGAACCCCGAUGUCAGGAUCAAUAAAGCUCACCGUACCACCGCAGUCCUCGAAAAUGAAGAGGAAGGCAGAAGGUACAGCCAGCACAGCUUUCGUGAGUUUCUCAGUCAUCAACGUCCAGAGAUCAUGCCGGCAUUAAACAGCUUCUUCACCAAGAAUGAUCAAUAAUUUGUUAUUUGUCUAAUUUAAUGUACUCAAGAACUUGUAUUGAGCUAAACUCAAAUAAAAUAGAAUAAUUGUGUAUCUGUAUCCCAAUGUCUUCAAUAAAUAAGAUCGUGUCUUCUAAUAUUCAA